UUUUUUUUAUAUAAAUAUAUUAAAAAUAAAAAUAAUAAGAAAAUAUGUUUUUGUUUUAGAUCAUUUUCAAUGUCAAAAAACAGCUGUUGAACAAUUAAAAGAACGUUUUGAAAAAAUGAACUUAUCAUAUGAUGCAUAUAGUUCAAUUGAAUAUGUUGGAACUCAAACGUUCGGUGGAAAACAAACAGAUUUUAAUGAGAUAAAAGCAACAAUUACAGCAACACUUGAAAAUAACAAAAUUCGUUCACCACGACGUUUAUCAGUUAUUUUUAAAGCUCUAAAAGCUUUAAACGAAAAGUUUAAUCAUGCUAUACCUCCUGAAAUGCCUUCAACAUUACCCGAUGAUUUUU